AUGAAAUAUUACUUAAGCUUGUUCAAAAAUAUACUGUGGGCCCAAAGAAAAAAAGGACAGAACAACACAACCAUAUCUAGUAAUAACAAAAUAAAUAAAAAAAAAAAUAAAAGAAAUAAAAGUGGAACUCCUAGUGAUACUUUACUUACACAAGAAAAUGGAAAGAAAAGUUUAAAAAAAAUGCAAUUGCCAAAUAAACCAAAUUUAAACUAUUUUAUUAAUAUCAAAUUUGAAAUGAAUAAUAUAAAAUAUAAUGAAAUAAGAAGAUAUUAUUUAAAUAAUUCAAAUAGUUUUGUCAAUUUAGAUGGAUUAAAAUGUAAUAUAGUAUCUGCCAUCAAUUGUCAUGAUAAUAUUUUAUUUUAUUUAUUUGUUUUUUCUUUUACAAAUAUAGAGAAUAAUUUCUUAGAACUUAUACAAAUUCAUAUUAAAAAUUCUAAAACAAAUGAAACCUUAUCAAAAAAUAUUCCAUUUAUUAUUGUAAGUCUCAAUAAUUCGAAAAAUCUCGACAAUCCCAUUUUUCAAUAUCCUUCAAAUAAUCAUAAACUUUUUACUAACAUUAAAAUUGCAAUAAAAAUACAAGAAAAUAUUAAAAUAAGUAAAUAUGCAAAUGAAAAUACAUCUAUUCAAGAUGUCUCUAUGGACAACAUAUUUUAUGUUAUAGAGUACCGAAUAUGGAAUAAUUAUUACAACAUUAAUCAAAAUUAG